AUGGGCAAAGCACAGUACAAGAAAAAGGCUACGGCCCGCAGGCACAACCCGAUCCGCGUGCCCGACGCCCACCUCGGCGGCGGCAAGGCGGACGGCAAGGCCAACCCCGAGAAGGAGAAGCAGAUGCUGCCGGUGCUGCAGAAGCUCCGCUCGCCCGACUACGCAGACCGCACGUGGGCCUGCGCGGCAAUCUGCAACCUGGUCGCCAACGACGCCGCGACCCGCCGCCUCUUCCAGGGCCGCAACGUUGUGGGCGAGCUGAUCGAGCGCCUGUCCGACUCGGUCGACGAGGUGGUCGUCGAGGCGUCGGGCGCGCUGCGCAACCUCGCCAUUGACGGCGGGCACGAGCUCGUGUCCGAGAUGUUCAACAAGGGCAUCAUGCCCCACCUCACCGUGCUGAUGGGCAAGAUCGGCACGACGGUCGACGAGGUGCUCGCUGCCGACGUGCAGGCCGAGUCGCUCUCCGACGAGGACAUUCAGCGGAGGAAGCACAUCCUCGCGCUGGCGGAGAACGUUGCCAUCCUGGUGUGGUUACUCGCCGACGCCAACCACAAGACGCUGGCCGCGAUCAACGCCGUCGCCGGCGGUGUGGCCGAGCUGCUCGUCAAGAUCCUUCGCGGACGGGAGAAGCUUAGCCUUGGUGUUGCACUCGCUGCUGCCCAAGCUCUCUACGCCCUCACGCAGGACAACCGCCCGUUCACCAACGCUCUCCUCCACACGCCCGAUGCGCUGCUGACCCUCGUCGCCCUCGCCAAGGCGGACCACGCCGCGCUCGAGGCCGAGAUCAAGGCCAAGGCCGCCAAGGCCAAGGGCAAGAAGAAGGCCGCCGCUCCCGAGGCCGAUGACGAGGAGGUCGGCGACGGACGGCUGCUCCUUACGCGCGUGCUCGUCGCCGGCACGCUGAGGAAUAUUGUCGAUGCUGGCUCGCGGACGGACGAGAGCGUCGGCAUUGCGGCGCUCACGAACGAGGUCAUCCUCCCGCUCGUCAACUCGCUGCUCGACGUCAACCUCGCCAACGUCGUCACGCGCGUCGGCGAGCUCGUUGCGGCGCUGCCGGCUGAGGACGUCCCUGUCGCCGGCAAGGACCUCCAGAACGACCACAAGUCGCCUGCCGAGGUCAAGCUCGAGCGUCUGGAGCGCAUGCUCACGACGGUGAGCAGCGCGCUCGAGGUGCUGACGGGUAUCUGCGCCGGUCUGGAGGACGCCGCUGAGGACGAGGAGAUGGAAGAGGACGCUGUUGAGGACGACGCCGAGAUGGAGGAUGCCAUUGAGGACGAGGCGCUCAUCGCCAUGGGCCGUGACGCGCCCGGCGUGGCGGCCGCCGCUCCCACCGUCAAGACGACGGCUACGCUUUCAACGUUACUGGGUGCACUCCGCCUGCCAGAGCGGUUGAGCGCGCUUGCGCAGCUCACGCCCAUGUCCUUCCCCCCGACUGGCGCCGAGCCGUCCCUGCACCCUCCCACGACCGCCGCCCUCUCAACACUGCACCUGCGCGCGCUGGAGGCGCUCAACAACCUGCUCCUCACGGCCGCUGCCUCGCUCGCGGGCGGCGCCGACCCCUCGAUCGCUGCCCUCGUCCCGGCAGCGGGUAUCUGGGAGAUCACGUUCGGCAUCAUCUCCGCCGCUGGCGAGGACGCUGCUGCGCUCACUGCCCGCGGACAGGAGAUGCGCCUCGAGAUCCUCGAGGCGGCGCUCGGCUGCGCGUGGGGCGUGUCCAAGGUCGCUGCCGACCAGCUGUCCCCUCUGGCUGUCCAGGUCCAGAUGCUGAUGGACGUCCUUCCUGCUCUGCGGUCAGAUGCCGCGCGCACGCGCACGCUCGACACGCUCGCUGCGCUCGCUGCCCGCCCGGGCGUGAGCGUGGACGAGAACCGCGCCAUCGGCCAGUGGGUCCUCAACCUCCUCCCCUCUGCCAACGACGAGAUCCUCGUCGCCGUCCUCAACGCCGUCAUCGACAUCUACGCCGACGAGGGCCGCGACUACGACCGGCCAGUGUUCGUCGCCGGCAACUUCCUCAACGCGCUCGCGUCGUCGGUCGCCCGCGUGCGCGCAGACGUGCGCAAGAUUGACCGCCGCAAGCAGCCCGAGCUGCGCGCCCGCGCCGAGGAGGCCUACGAGAACCUCACCGCGUUUGUAAAGUACCGCCGGAGCCUGCGACUGUGA